UAUGCAUAGCAAGCACCAGAGCACGUCACUCGAGUAACAGAAGAAAUACAAACCACAAUCUAUCGAUCAAAAAUCGAAAGCAGUCAACUUUCACGCAGCUGAUUUACUGUCGCACAUCACGAUCGGCUUCCAUGAUAAAAACAUCGUGGUCCAAAACUCAUGUAAGAUUAACGGUCGUGAUCAUAAGUGUGCGAACUUUCACGUUCACUGCUACACCAAUCUCACAUUCCUCUUCAUUGUUCAGUCUCUGAGUUCUCUCCCUCCAACAAUCAGAAACCAACGAAUGAAAAAGCAGGUGACGGAGCUGCUUUUGUGAAUAUUUCUUCCUUCUCUUACUUUUUAAUUCAGACGCAAGCAUUUGAGUUAAUAGUGAUACUAAGAGAGAGCAAAGAGAUAUGGAUGAAAGGCCAGAGACGGAGCUCAUUUCCAUUCCGGCCACUCCGCGUGCCUCAACGCCGGAGAUUCUAACUCCUUCGGGUCAACGAUCGCCUAGGCCUCCUUCGAAGGAAGCGAAAUCGUCGACUGCGUGGACGCCGACGUCUUUCAUAUCGCCGAGGUUUUUGAGUCCAAUAGGGACGCCCAUGAAGAGGGUUUUGAUUAACAUGAAGGGAUAUUUGGAGGAGGUGGGGCACCUCACCAAGCUCAACCCACAAGAUGCUUGGCUACCCAUUACCGAGUCUCGCAAUGGCAACGCUCAUUACGCCGCGUUUCAUAAUCUAAAUGCUGGUGUUGGGUUUCAGGCCCUGGUUUUGCCUGUUGCCUUCGCUUUCCUUGGAUGGAGUUGGGGAAUAUUGUCCUUGACCAUAGCCUACUGUUGGCAACUUUAUACCUUGUGGGUUUUAGUUCAGUUACAUGAAGCUGUUCCUGGGAAGAGGUACAACAGAUACGUCGAGCUCGCACAAGCUGCAUUCGGGGAAAGGUUAGGCGUUUGGCUUGCUCUCUUUCCAACCGUUUAUUUGUCAGCUGGAACUGCAACAGCUUUGAUUCUUAUAGGAGGAGAGACGAUGAAACUCUUCUUCCAAAUAGUUUGUGGGCCUCUCUGUUCGUCGAAUCCCCUAACAACGGUUGAGUGGUACCUGGUAUUCACUUCUCUGUGCAUUGUACUGUCUCAGCUCCCAAACCUUAAUUCAAUUGCAGGACUUUCCCUUGUUGGUGCCAUAACAGCAAUAACAUAUUCCACCAUGGUGUGGGUGCUAUCUAUUAGUCAACAAAGGCCACCUUCAAUUUCCUAUGAACCCAUUUUUUUGCCAUCCUCUGCUGCUUCUGUCUUUUCAGUACUGAAUGCGCUUGGAAUUGUAGCCUUUGCUUUCAGAGGGCAUAAUCUAGUCCUUGAGAUUCAGGCGACAAUGCCAUCGACCUUUAAGCACCCAGCUCACGUACCCAUGUGGAAAGGCGCCAAAGUUGCUUAUUUCUUCAUUGCCAUGUGCCUUUUCCCUAUUGCCGUUGGAGGCUUUUGGGCUUAUGGAAAUCUUAUGCCUUCAGGGGGAAUUCUCAAUGCUUUAUAUGGUUUCCACAGCCAUGAUAUUCCUCGAGGACUUCUGGCAUUGACUUUUCUGCUAGUUGUGUUCAAUUGCUUAAGCAGUUUCCAGAUAUAUUCAAUGCCUGUUUUUGACAGUUUUGAAGCCAGCUACAUCAGCCGUACCAACCGUCCAUGCUCAAUCUGGGUUCGGUCAGGAUUUCGGGUUUUCUAUGGGUUCGUCUCUUUCUUCAUAGGGGUUGCACUUCCUUUCCUAUCUAGUUUAGCUGGUUUACUGGGGGGACUUACCCUUCCAGUCACAUUUGCAUACCCUUGCUUCAUGUGGGUUCUCAUUAAAAGACCUACAAAGUACAGCUUCAAUUGGUAUUUCAACUGGAUCCUGGGUUGGUUGGGUAUUGCAUUUAGCUUGGCCUUUUCCAUUGGAGGGGUUUGGAGUAUCGUGAACAAUGGUCUGAGAUUAAAAUUCUUCAAGCCACCGAAUUAGGAAGCAGCAAGCUUUUGAAUACUGUGGAUCAAUUAAUUUUGUAUGCUGUCUAUGUAUUUGCUUGAGGAAUCAAACACUCCAUGUAUGCAUGUGUUUACUGUUUACAUAACCUGUCUUUCCUUUUUUGGUCUUAAAGAAUCAGCGUUGGAAUUUGUUAUCGAGAUAUGUAGAGUUGAUGGUCUUUAUGUUAUAAGUAUACCUGGGAUCA